AUGGCGUUCGGAAAGCUCUACGGUCUGCCCGACAACGGUCGCACCCUGGCCAUCCUGGUCGCUGCUAAGCACAAUGAGCUCGACCUCGAGCUCGUGCAGACUCAGGCCAACUCUGCCGCUGCUACCGCUGAGUUCCUGAAGAUCUCUCCCCUUGGCAAGGUCCCUGCCUUCGAGGGUGCCAACGGUUACAACCUCUCUGAGGCCAUUGCCAUUGCCGUCUAUGUCACCUCCCAGAACGAGAAGACCACCCUUCUCGGCAAGACCAAGCAGGACUAUGCUUCCAUCCUCCGCUGGCUCUCGUUUGCCAACAGCGAGGUUCUCCCCAAGCUCGGCGCCUGGUUCCGCCCCCUGAUGGGUCUCGAUGGCUACAACAAGAAGGCCGUCGAUGAGGCCUCCAAGGCUGCCCUCAAGGCUCUCGCUGUCUACGAGGCCCACCUCACCGCCAACACUUACCUUGUUGGUGAGCGUAUUACCCUGGCUGAUAUCUUCGCCGCUGCUCUCCUCACCCGCGCCUUCGCCUCCAUCCUGGACAAGACCUUCCGCCAGGAGAACCCCGCUGUCACCCGCUGGUACAACACCAUUGUCAACCAGGCCGCCUUCAAGGCCGUCUUCCCCGAGCCCAAGUUCGCUGAGGAGUGCAUCAAGUACACUCCCCCCAAGAAGGAGGAGAAGCCCAAGGCUGCUGCCGCCGCCGCUGCCGCCCCCGCUGAGCCCGCCGCUGAGGCCCCCAAGCCCAAGCACCCCCUCGAGGCUCUCGGCAAGCCCACUCUCAUCCUCGAUGAGUGGAAGCGCGAGUUCUCCAACAACGACCCCCGCACUGAGGCCAUGCCCUGGUUCUGGAAGAACUUCAACGCUGAGGAGUACUCCCUCUGGAAGGUUGACUACAAGUACAACGAGGAGCUCAAGCUCACCUUCAUGGCCAACAACCUGAUCGGUGGCUUCCACGCCCGUCUUGAGGCUUCCCGCAAGUACCUCUUCGGUGCCCAGUCCGUCUACGGCGCUAACUACGCCUGUAUCGUCAACGGUGCCUUCAUGGUCCGUGGCCAGGACUGGGAGCCCGCUUUCCAGGUCGGUCCCGACUGGGAGGGUUACACCUACACCAAGCUCGAUGCCUCCAACGAGGCUGACCGCAAGGUCAUCGAGGACAUGUGGGCCCAGGACGUUCCCGUCACCGUCGAUGGCAAGACCCUCGAGUGGGCCGACGGUCACGUCUUCAAAUAA